GGCAAGAGGAAGAAAAAAAAACUGCAGUGUGUGAGUGUGAGUAGUUUGUAUCCUUCCCCUGAGCAGAUCUUUAUCAAUUAGGGUACUCCGAUCUCGGGGUACACUCUGUGUGUAUGCGUGUGUGUAGUUAACGGCAGGGCGUAGCAAAGGUGUGUCUAUUAGGCUGUGUUAAAGACUCGUUCUGUCAAAGUGGACAAAAGAGAAAGUAGGCGGACAUUCAUUGUUUUUCUCUCUAUCUCAAAGUGUCUUGCUGUCUGCGGAGAAGAGCUCCGUGUCCGGCGGAAAGCAAGCAACAUUAGAAGGAUAUCAGACUGGCAGCUUUUUCCACUGUGACCUCCAGCUACUCCUUCAAGAUUCAACAUUUGGCUGGACUGUGUGCAGCCUAAAUGACUAAGUGGAACUUGUUCAAGCACCAGACAACGCCCAUGGUCGCUGCCAAGCCAACAGGGGCCAGUGCCUUGACUGUGACUCCUGCCCCUGUCGCACUCGUCUCUGCAGACAACUCCACCGAGCCAGUCAGCAAGAACGAUGCCUUUGACGAGAUCAAAAACAAGUUUCUGAAUGAAAUCGAUAAGAUCCCACUGCCAUCCUGGGCCAUCAUUGCCAUUGCUGUGGUCGCCGCUUUACUUAUUCUAACGUGCUGCUUCUGCAUCGUCAAAAAAUGUUGUUGCAAGAAGAAGAAGAACAAGAAGGGCAAGAAGGGGAAGGGUGACAUGGGGAUGAAGAACCUCAAAGGCGGAGAGGACGAUGACGACGAGGAAGACGAUGUUGAACCUGGACUGACUGGAGAUGAGAAAGAAGAGGAGGUGAAGGAGAAGGAGAAGCUUGGGAAGCUGCAGUACUCCAUUGAUUAUGACUUCCAGGAGAACAAGCUGACUGUGGGAAUCUUGCAAGCUGCCGAUCUCCUCUCCAUGGACAGCGGUGGAACCUCUGACCCCUAUGUCAAAGUCUUUGUCCUACCUGACAAGAAAAAGAAGUUUGACACAAAGGUUCACAAGAAAACCCUCAACCCAGUCUUCAAUGAGACUUUUAUCUUUAAGAUUCCAUUCCAAGAGAUGGGAGGAAAAACUCUGGUCAUGUCUGUCUAUGACUUUGAUCGCUUCUCAAAACAUGACGUCAUUGGCGAGAUUAAAAUACCCAUGAACACCCUUGACUUGGCAAAGCCAAUCGAGGAGUGGCGAGAUUUAGACAGCGCGGACCAAGAAGAGCCAGAGAAGCUGGGUGACAUUUGCAUCUCUCUUCGUUAUGUACCCACUGCUGGUAAGCUCACAAUCUGCAUUCUGGAGGCCAAGAACCUGAAGAAAAUGGACGUGGGGGGUCUUUCAGAUCCCUAUGUGAAGAUUAACCUGCUACAGAAUGGGAAGAGGCUGAAGAAGAAGAAGACGACAGUUAAGAAGAAUACAUUGAAUCCUUAUUACAACGAGUCGUUCAGCUUUGAGAUUCCUCUCGAACAAAUGCAGAAAAUUCAAGCUGUGAUCACAGUGCUGGAUUAUGACAAGAUUGGUAAGAACGAUGCCAUCGGGAAGAUCUGGGUGGGUAGCAAGUCUACUGGGGCCGGGCUGAAACACUGGUCCGACAUGUUGGCCAACCCCCGACGCCCCAUUGCCCAGUGGCAUCCACUGCAGCCAGAGGAGGAGGUGGAUGGCGCUCUGGCUGCCCUGGCUGCCAAGAAGUAAACUCCCAGCCUGCUCCCCACGGUGCCCUGGAAUAACCCACAUGUUUCCGAUCAGGUCCACAUGAUCCCACGUGUCAAUGUAUAUUAUGGUCCCCCCCCCCCACCCCAAUUCCC